CAACCCCAUGGAGUGUACCAGUAGUCCAGUACCUCACGUCACAGCCUUGACACCGAUUUUGCGAAAUGCGAACUUCCAUCUUCUUUCUCCUUCAUCUCCAACACUAGCAUCUCGCCUCUGCCUCCAGCACUCCACGCAGUCAGUCAAUCAUGGCCCGCCUUGACCGCCCAGACUGUGUGGAGAACGGAGAGGGUGCCGGAGCAUACAACGAGGACGGCAUCCCUGUCGUCGACUUCGAUGUCCUCAUCAACGGCGACUCUGAUCAACGGUUGGCGGCGAUCCUCCACCUCGGCCGGGCGUGCACACAGUGGGGCUUCUUCAUGGUCAUCAACCAUGGUAUUCCCGAGUCUCUCCAAGGAGCAACCAUGGAUGCGUGCAGGGAGCUGUUCAGUUUACCAACGGAGGAGAAGUCCGAGUACAUGGAGGCAGGCCCGAUGGACCCCGUUCGCGUCGGAACGGGUUUCAAUUCUACCGUCGACGGUGCCAAGUAUUGGAGAGAGUACUUGAAAAUGUUCGCUCACCCCGAAUUGCACUGCCCGGCGAAGCCAGCAAUUCUAAGAGAAAUUGCUACCGAAUACGCGACUCGCACGAGAGGCCUGAUGCUGGAGCUCACGACGGCGAUCUCCAAGAGCCUGGGGCUCGACGGCAGCCGCAUCGCUGAAGCACUGAACCUCGAGAACUGCUUCCAGAUCCUCGUUGGGAACUACUACCCGCCGGCUGGCCCGGACGUCGGGGCGAUCGGGAUGCCGACUCACUCUGACCACGGCCUCCUCACUCUGCUCUUCCAGAACGGCGUCGACGGCCUCCAGGUCAAGCACGACAGCGAGUGGCUCCUCGCCAAGCCCAUUCCUGGCUCAUUCUUCGUCAUCGUUGGCGAUCAGCUGGAGAUUGUGAGCAAUGGAAGAUACAAGGCCGUGCUCCACCAUGCAUUGGUUGACGGCGAGCAGGCGAGGAUGUCCUUCGUGAGCCUGAUCGGGCCGUGCCUGGACGCCGUCGUCAAGCCGAUCCCAGAGCUGGCACGAGAUGCACCACAGGGCGCAGAGUUCAGGGGUAUCAGGUACAGGGACUACAUGGAGCACCAGCAGAGCAACAAACUCAAGGAGAAUGCGGCGCUGGACAUCGUUCGGGUGCACCAUCAGAUACUGACACGCGAAGGCUCGCCUAACAGUUCUCUGAUUAACGUCUGAGACUGCUUUAUUCAGGUCGAAAUCUUGAAGGUCGAUAUGUUAGAAUGCUUCAUUUCCACUAAAA